GAAAGAAACCCAUGUUCACGGAAUGUUCUCAUGGAACUCAUUUUCAGUUACGGCUUCAAUUCAUAAAGCACUUUCUUGAAAUUUUGACAAAUAACGAGUUGUGAGGUCACGAGCCUAACUGAUUGUCAACGUUUGGAAGGAAAUGUCGAUAUUUCGUAAAUUCCCAAGUGCCCUGAGAUUUAGUACCAGUAGAAAUAACAACGUGCCGCACUACCAUCACAAUCGAAAUAGUAGCAGCAAUUUUACGAAUUCAACAAAGUUUGAACAUUAUUUGAAUUUGCGUAGGAGUCAGGCAGAAAAAUCUAUAUUGAUUCAGAUUAAUGGAUUAAGUGCAUGUCCCCAGGUGAGGGAUCACCUAUCCAGUAAAUAUGGUCCAUUAUUGUCAGUUUACCACUACAGUAUUCCAAGUAAAGGAAAGUCUGGGCCACCGGCAUGUCCUAUUGCACCAACGGGGGGUGAAUUCCACUGGCUAUUGGCUGAAUUUGAACGCAAAGAAGACUUUGCAAAGGCGAUAACAUCAUGUGGAAAUGUAGAAGGGACGGUGCCAUACACGUCACCCAUGACCUGGUUCAAAAACUCAACUGCAAGUCAGAAGGAUGACAGAAAAUCGACAAUAGGAACGAAGGGAAAGAAGAAGACUACAAGUGAAGUUUCUCGAGAUAUGGAUGGUAUCGAGUCGGAGAAGCUGAUUGCAUGUACGAGUCUAGAUUUUGGUACCGGAAAUAAUUUAAACCAACAAUUGGGAAUCUUGGAGAAGUCGUUACGAUUGUCAGAUCUUGGAAUUAGACUUAGAUUUCUUAUUGCACAUCAACUCGAAUUCACACUCCAGUCUCUGUUUCCACAAGGGUGUGUUCUGCCAUUUGGUUCAACUGUUUCUGGAAUUGGGAGACAAUCUGGGGAUUUGGAUUUAGUACUCUUGCCAGACAAGAAUGAGAUUUUUUCGUCUAGUCAAGGUGAUGAGGCCAAGGAGACUGAAAACAAGUUAAUGCUUCAAUCAAAAAUGCAUACGAGUGGAAACAGUUCCAAUGCUAGAUUUCAGGUUCAGAGGGUAAUGGAAACGAUUGCAGAUAUAAUUCAGUUAUGUACACCCGGCUGUACCCACGUCCAAAGAAUACUUCAAGCAAGAAUACCUAUUCUGAGGUUUUGGAGUGAUUACACAGAGCUUCAAUGUGAUUUGUCUAUGACAAAUGCGAGUGGAGUACACAUGUCCGAGCUCAUUUAUAUAAUGACUAAACUGGAUUCAAGAUUCUCGACCCUCUUAUUUGCCAUUAGAUCUUGGGCAUCAGCAAGAAAGAUAACAAAUCCCGUUCCUGGUCGACAGCCCACAAAUUUCAUGUUUGUAUUGCUGUUGAUGUAUUUUCUACAACACAAGAGCAUUCUUCCAACCUUGGAUAUUUUGUUUAAUAAUCCUGAUGCAUCAGACCUGCGGAUAACUACCGAUGGAAUAGACUGCACAUUUUUACGACGGACUGACAAAAUUUCAAAACAUUUUAGUCCUCAAUGUCAAACAGAGUCAGUGGCCGAACUGUUAUUUCAAUUUUUUGAAUUCUACUCGGAAUUUGACUUCAACACCAAAGGGGUCUCAUUAUUAACUGGAAGUGCUUGGGGAAAGCCAGACGCAGGACCACUGUACAUUCAAAAUCCACUUGAAAGACACCUUAACGUAGCGAGAAAUGUAUCAAAGGAGGAGGUUACCAGAUUUAAAAGCGAAUGCUGCUCAGCUCUGUGGAAAUUAGAAACAGCUUCUUCAGACAAACAUCAAGUUUCUCUUAAAGAUCUCUUGCUUACCCCAGUGUACGAUUCGAGACGACCAGAAGAGAAUAGAAUUAAGAUCAAAGAGUUAUUUUCAGAGUGACAAAAUAUGUAGUAAUUCUUGUUUUUCUAUGCAAUUGAAACGGAAUAAAGAUCAUUUUCCUAGAUUUUCACAAAUAAA